UUCACUUCAUCAUCUCCACUCAUGCCAGAGGCUAUUUGGUGUUUACUAAACAGUUAACUAUGGCGGCUUCUCUUACUCUUCACAGCCUUAAUGGCUCUCUCCUUCGAUCCCAAUUCCUGGGCCAAGACCACAAAAAGCAAUUCACAUUCCACAGAAGGCCAACACCAUCCACAGUACAAACACGGGCUAAAUUCAACCUAACAGAGAUGUUGGGAGGCAGAGGACUCUGCAACGGAGAAAAAGGGAUCGAGAAAGAGCUGAAGAAGCAAGUGGAAGGGCAGGCACCAGCAGCAAGUAGAUCAGAGCAAGAGGACUUAGGUGGGUCUGCCCAGUCAACGGAUGUUCCAGAAGACGCAUUCGAGAAAGAAAUGAUGGGGUUAACAGGAGGAUUUCCCGGAGGAGAAAAGGGGUUGGAAAAAUUUAUCCAGGAAAAUCCUCCACCUCCCAAACAGUCGCCAACAGGUAAAAUAACUGACCUUACACCUUCCAAGAAGCCAAAAGCACCAGAAUUGCCGCUCUUGUUGCCCGGAAUGAUUGCGAUAGUGAAGAACGAAAAUAACCCAUUUUACAUGUACUGUGGCAUUGUUCAGCGGAUCACAGAUGGAAAAGCAGGGGUUCUAUUUGAAGGAGGAAAUUGGGACAGGUUGAUUACCUUUCGGCUGGAAGAACUGGAACGCAGGGAAAAAGGUCCUCCAAUGAAAAACCCCAAGUCUGCUGUGCUCGAACCAUUUCUUGAGAAGAAGAAAUCAGAAUAGCCUUGUUCUUAGUUCUUUGCUGUGAAGCAUGUAUAUUAUUUAUGAAAGUAUGAAUGUGAGACUUGGACUAGGAUUGUUAUCGUCACUCUUUUCCAAAAUCAGUAGUUCAAUUA